AUGCUUCGAUGCGACAGGACAACCACGAUAGAUUUCCAGCCACAAGGACAACACGAAGGCGUGUUUCUCAUUCAAACCACACCUUCAAAUACCAAGACCACUUCAAAAGUAUCUCAUCUGUGGACAGACCCUAAGUCGUAUCAAGUACUCGAGAGCUCGAGGCUUACGCUGCUACAGAGAGCUAUUCAAGCACCUGAUGCGUCACAUUUUGUGGCUGAUGUACAUGAAAUCAAUAACAAGAACUCACGACGUGACCAAGCACCAACAAUACUAAAGACACCAAUAUCACUCUACAUAACAAUUAUACGAGAUCUAGACGCACUAGGAUGGGACAAAGUCAAGUCUGUAGAAGAAGAUUUGAGAUCUGUCUCAUUGGUCUUUUCAGACUCGAUGAAACGAAAUCACACCGUCAUUGUAUCAUUCCCACCUACUUAUCCAAAUUCUGCACCAAAGUGUGAAGUAUCGUUGCCCCAACCACUUGAGCUUCGUUGGGAAGCUGGACGGAUGACGUUGGCCUCAGUGUUGGAUCAGUGCAAAGAGGCUGCAUCCCAAUACACAUCGUACUUUGAACAUAUCGACGACUUGGAAAACAAUACUUGGGUAGCUCCUAUUGAACCAGGAUCUCGAACCAGAGUUGUCAAACUAGGAAACCACUGCUCAUUACACGUAAAAUUAAACCCAUUCCGUCUCGACGAUAUGCCCGAACUCCAUUUCACUGGUCCAAAUGCUCAGGUUGUCGAGUUGAACAACACGUUUCGACAGAAUGUUGCGAAAUGGUCUCCAAAUCGUUUACUGCGAGAGAACAUUGAGAUUCUACUUGGGUCCACAUUGCCUCCACGACCAAUUGAUGUUGAUGUGUCGGAUGCGGAUGAGUGUGCUAUAUGCUAUUCUGGAACAAAUCACGACCAGAAUAGGACAUGUGGAGAAUGUGGAAGAUUGUUUCAUGCUGAAUGUCUGUCUGAAUGGUUACGCUCUCUACCAAACUCACGUUUGGUUGGGACACGUCUUGUUGGACCAUGCCCGACAUGUGAUCAAGAAGUCUCUAUGUGA